AUGCGAAUCAAACCCCACUCUCUUUUGGCAUUUCUGCCGCUCAUAUCAGUCGCGUCGGUCCAGGCAGCAACAUGCACGAAUCCGGUCGCCGGUGCGGGAUCGCUCAGCAGCCCAUUCUGGAUGGGGACUGCUUCUCUGCACGCCCAUGGUAAGAGCACUUACAACCCUGGGUUCAAAGUGUAUCGCAACGUAAAGGACUACGGCGCCGUUGGUGAUGGUGUGGCGGACGACACUGUCGCCAUAAACAAGGCGAUCUCAGAUGGCGGAGCUUGCGGUCAGGGAUGCCCUUCGUCCAGCGUCAAGCCAGUCUUGGUCUAUUUUCCCACCGGCACUUACAAAGUGACUGCGCCGAUCAUUCCUUUCUACUUUACUUCUCUCGUUGGCGACUACAAUAAUCGUCCAAAACUCGUCGCGGCCUCUAACUUCGUCGGGGUGGCUGUCAUUGAUGGCGACCCAUACGUUCCCGGUGUAUCCAACCCCGACGGCAGCGGAGUUAAUUGGUGGACUAACCAGAACAACUUUUUCCGUUCCGUCCGAAACUUCCAGAUCGACGUCACAGCGGUCCCGCCUAACUUGUAUGGGACGGCAAUCCACUGGCAGGUCGGACAGGCCACAUCGCUCAUAAAUAUCGAUAUGAAAAUGAGCACUGCGGCCGGAAACUUGCACCAGGGUGUGUUCAUGGAGAAUGGGUCCGGAGGGUUCAUGUCGGACCUCACCCUCGACGGCGGCAACUUCGGUCUAUGGGUCUCAAAUCAGCAGUUCACCGUUCGGAACGUCAAGAUCACUCGUGCAAACUCGGCUGUUUAUCAGUUGUGGAACUGGGGCUUCACGUGGCAAAAUAUCGUCAUCGCCUCCUGCCAAGUCGGUUUCGACAUCCACACUGGGGGAACGACGCUUGCUGAUCAGAGCGCUGGUGGUGUCCUAAUCGUCGACUCGUCCGUCGCUGCGACCGGUAUCGCUGUCCGACUCUCAUCCAGCCAACCAAAGUCGCUUGCAGGCUCCGUCGUCCUCGACAAUGUCGCGUUCUCCGCCAUCUCCAAGGCUACCGUCCAGGACCAGAGCGGAGUCCUCGUUGCUGGCCAGUCGGGGAUCUACAUCAUCGACCAGUGGUUCCAAGGGAACAUGUACUUUGGGCUCGGGCAAAGCGCGGCGCACCUGUACAACCAGGGCACUAACUCGCUCGCCCAGAGCACCCGGCCGAGCACGUUGCUCUCGACGUCAAGCAACUUCUGGUUCACGCGCUCCCGUCCGCAGUAUAACACGUACCUUGCCAGCCAGUUCGUCUCUGUGAUCGCCGAUGGUGGCGCGGCGGGAGAUGGCAAGACCGACGAUGCACCCAAGAUCAACGCCUUCAUCGCGAAAGCGAGUCUCGCUCUUUCAUUUUCGGAUGCUCGAAAGUCCUCUGUAAGCCACCUGUUCUCUUCGCGCAGCUCGAUUUCUUAUGCGCCACAAGUCUUCGACGCCGGAACCUACCUGGUCAAGUCGACCAUCAACAUCCCACCGGGGACACUCAUCGUCGGCGAGAUGUUCUCCGUCAUCAUGGCCGGCGGAUCCGCCUUCGCUUCCCAGGCGUCGCCCACCCCGGUUCUCCGUGUCGGCAACCCCGGCGACCAAGGCACCGUCGAGAUCAGCGACAUUGUUAUCACGACUCAGGGCGGCUCGGCUGGUGCGGUUGGUAUUGAGUGGAACAUUGCACAGGGCUCUCAAGGGUCGGCUGGGCUGUGGGAUGUGCACAUCCGUUUGGGAGGAACUACGGGCACCAACGUCCAAGUUUCGCAGUGCCCGACGUCGCAGUACAACCUCGUCUCGUGCGCCACUGCGUUCUUGGGCUUGCAUGUCACACCCACCGGUUCCGGCUACUUCGAGAACUUGUGGGUCUGGAAUGCCGACCACGAUCUCGACGACCCGAACCAGACCCGGAUUAACGCUUUCAGCGGUCGUGGGAUUCUGGUCGAGUCCGCCGCAGGGCCCGUCUGGCUGUGGGGCACUGCGUCUGAGCAUCACGUCAUCUACGAAUACGCGUUUUACAACACGGAGAACGUCUUCGCGGGUCUCAUUCAGACCGAGUCGCCGUACUACCAGCCCACGCCGAACCCUCCUGCGCCGUUUGCGACGACCCUGCAGUACGGAGACCCACCCGGUACUCGCGCUGAUGCUCUCGGUCUCGUCGUCACAAGUUCAUACAACGUCUUCAUCUACGGCGCUGGCUUGUACUCGUUCUUCCAGACGUAUGACCAAGCCUGUGUCCCGAACCGCAACUGCCAAAAGGACAUGGCGCUGAUCGACCAGGCCUCUGCUUCGAUCCACAUCUACCAACUCACGACCACCGGGACCGUGAACAUGUUGACGCACACGCCCGACAUUCCGGUCAUCUUGGGCUCUGAUAACAUCAACGGAUACGCGUCGACAGCGACGUACUGGCGCGCUGGCUCGAAUGUGGUCCCGCCGCCGUACCAAGGCUCAAUCCCGGCGAAGGACUGCACGUCCCCGCCGAAGGUCGUCGGGUACUAUAUCGGAACUGCUGCUGGACGGUCGUGUAUGCCUUGGGCGCCGGAUGCCACGGAUUCGUCAACUUACACGGCAAGUGCUCACAUUAUCUACGGCUUUUUCCCUGUCGCCGCCGACGGCUCCGUGAGUAUCACUGCCGAUCAGAAGACGGGCUUUGCGACCGCCCAGAAUAUGAAAAACCAAGAGCCCAACAUCAAGAUCAUGAUCGGAAUCGGUGGAUGGGGUUUCGGUGCCGACGCUUCCGGCUUCAUCUCGAUGGCUCAAGGACCGGGAACUCAGUCAUUCUUCGCGUCCAGCGCAGCUGCUCUCGCGAACAGCGUCGCCGCUGACGGAAUCGAUAUUGAAUGGCCGAUGUGCAAGGGCACCAGCUGUGUCACCGCCGCCCAGUUUGCGAGCAUCGUGGCCAACACCAAGGCCGCUGUCGGCCGCAGCUUGAUUGUCUCGGUCCAUCUGCCCAACGACUUUUUCGAUCUCACUGGACUGGGAACUGCCAUGGGUUCCAUUGCCUCGUAUGUCGACUUCAUUACGCUCAUCACCACCUACCAGUGGGCCAAGGCUGGUCAAAUCGGUGAUGCGAACAACCUGAAUACGAUCCCGAGCAACAUGCAAAAGGCCAUCUCCGCCAACUCGAAGAUCCCGCCGAGCUUGUUCCUCUUCGGUAUCCCCUUCUUCUCGCGCGCCAUCACGGCAUCCAACCCCCCGCUCCAGAGCUCCUGCCUCUCGAAGACCGAUCUAGGACAAGGCACUUUCCCGUACUACGGCUUCGACUCCGUCGCCAACGGCUACAUCUUCGACGAGAAUGCGUUCCAGCAGUACGAUGUGGCUCCGUCCAAUUACCUACAAUCGCUUAUCAUGAGCGACGGAUCGGUCUUCUUUGCCGAUUCGACAUGGACGGUGGCGCAGCGCGCUGCGUCGGCAAACAGCUUGUGCAUGGGAGGAGUCGCCGCAUUCAGCGUCGACCAGGACAACAUAGCCUCGGACCUCACGAACGGAAUCUACUCCCUGGGCGGGUAUCUCCCCACGGCGGAUGCUGUCGUCAAGUCUGUUGGUAUCGGCAACUCAAUUGAUGCGAACGGAUAUUUGAGCUCAGGAGCAUAUGAUACAUUCGCCUCAAACGUCCAGUCUCAGUACCCUUUCCUGACUGCGCAAGACAGUUAUCGGGUUCUCCUGCUCGGCGCGCUCUCUAUCCAGUCACAACUCAGCAACCAGUUGUCGACCUUUUUGGCGGCUCCCGAGCUGACGGCCGACAACUUCACUAUCUACAAACGCUGGACGGGCAAAGCUAUCAACUUUGAAAUUGCCAGCCAGACUGGGGCUGGAAACAGCUAUUGGUCCUGCUCGCCAUUUACUGGUCCACAAGGCUCCUGUCCCGGUUACAUCAACCUGAACGAGACGCCGAUCAACCCCUCGCCUCAUCUGACCGGGUUCCCGCAAAUCCAGUGGACCUUGAAUGACAAACCCGGAUUCAAAUCGUACCUCAAUAGCUCGCUGGGCCUCAAUCUGGACACGCUUGUUGCCGGCGGUUCCUUCGAUGUGAGCCGUCUGAGUGAUUCUUGUACACACGGUAUUCCGCCCCCGUGCAAGGGAUGUUCUGUCGUCGGUGGACUCGCCAAAGGCGUCGAGGGCGCCAACGUCACUGCCCUUCAUCAGAACAAAUCGAUGUCGAGCUUGGUCAGCAGCGCGGCCGUAAGUAGCUCAGCGGUCCGGACAGUCAGCAGUAGCGCGCAUCCGAGUGCCUCGGUGCUCCCCACCACAAACUCGACCGCUCUGAACGUAACGUCCCGGGAACUGGUAGAUCUCUCGAAGCGCGCUUCAUACGAUCCGUUGAAUGUGGAUGCCAACUGUCAUACUACCUGGAAUGGACUGUAUCUCAUCGACCCAGACACGUUCUUCCACAACCCGAAAGACAUCAUCAAUGCUUACAUCGCUAGCACCGCGAGCUCUGUAUCCGGCUACUCGAAUCUUGCGCUUGACCCGACGACGGAAAGCAUCAGCCUGAUGUCCCUGCUGCAGUCGACGCUGACAGCCAUCUCCGUUGGGAACCAGUCCAUCACCAGCACUCUCUCGUACAUCAACCAGACGCGGCAGGACAUCCAGGAGCAAGCUCAGUUUGAGGCGGAAUCGCGUCGUUCUGUCCUUUCGAUAGUCGAAUCGAUUCUCAUGGUCGUCCUGGCUUUCAUUCCUGGUGUCGGGGAGAUCCUCGACUUUGUCGGCGGCGGCGUCGAGUUCCUCACGGCCGUCACGGACAUUAUCGACCUCGCCUCCCUCACCAAGAAUCUUGGCACCGACAUCCGGGCACUCAGCUGGGUCGGCAGACUCGGGGACGAAGCCAGCGUUGCACGGGCUAUGAGCGGUGUCGAGAACGCCAUCACGGACGCGUCCCGUUUCGGUCGCUUCCGCUUCGGACAAUCGGUUUCGAAGGUCGAGAGCAAGUUGCUGCAGUGCGCCGAGUCGAACAUGGAGGGCUUGAUUAUGGAUACUGUGGACCUUGGCAGCAAUCUCGCCACUCUGGGAGCCCCUGCCGCCCGCCGGAGAGGUUACAACAAGCCGUCGAUCCGUGAACUGCAGGAACGCGUUUUCAAUGAAACUGCUCCGGUACAGAAUCUGACCUCCAGCGUUUUCGAGCCCAUUCUCGACCCGAGACAUUGGGAAGAGCUUGAAAGUCGUGCAGCCUCGCCACCUUGUCUAUUCAACGUCAAGAAAUCCGGCCAACUCAAGAUCAGCUCCACCGCAUACCGGGCGUUGUGUGUUGCUGGCAACGCGAACAUGGAGUUUCCCGACAGCUGGUCGAUUCCAACAUCGACCAAGACGGUCAACUACGUGACCUGCCAAGCUUCGGCACCGAGAAAGGGACUCUGCCAGUGCGACCAUUUGUUCGAGGCCUCCGAGUUCCAAACCGCCAUGACUUCGUCGCUUUCUGCUGCCGAGCGCGCUGAUCUCUGUGCGCUCACGUCUGUGUUCGGCAGCAGCUCCGGCGCGAUCAAGAACAUUAUCAACGACAAGUCGAACUUCUGUGGUCUCUGGGGCGAUACCGCACCAGGCGCCAAAUUCAAUCCAAAUUCGAUCAAGAGCAACCUGCUGAUGUCGUAUGGGACAGAGACUGCAUUCCAGGAUGCUUACACGAAAUACAACACCGAGGGGCGGAAUUUGAUGUACAGCGUUGCCAAUGACCACAUCCAGCGGUUCAAAGAUGACCGGGCCAAGAUCGGAGACAACAUCGACACGCAGCUGCAUGCAUGGCACGCUCAGGUGCAGAGCAGCGGUUCCGCCUCCCAGAAGACAGCCUGGGCCAAGCUCUACUCGCCGAACGCGGACGGGACCAAGAAAUCGACGUUCCAGGCUGCGGCACAGGCGAACACGGCUCGCUCGCAGGCGAUGCUGACGCGCAUGGAGAAGCUCGCGAAUCCCACCAAGCCGUCAGCGUCUGAUCCGAACAGCCUCACGAGCUCGAGCGACACGGACGCCAAGAAGCAGGGCAAGCCGCCCAAGAGUGGCGCGGGCGAUGGGUCCAGCAGCGGAAGCAGCUCUGCAUGUGGCACGAACAGCGGCAAGUCGAACAAGCGCAAGCGGGGUCAGUGAAUGCAUAGCUGGCAAUCUUGAUGGUCUUUCUUUUCUUUGGGGGCUUUAUAAUUAUCACACACGUUCUUUCGUUUUCAAUAAUCAGUUGUUGGACAUGU